GUAACGGUACGGAUGCAAAUUCUUGGACACAUGCCCCGUUGUGUCUCGGGAAUGUUGUAGCUCACGUCAGUUGCAUCGAAGUUUUCGAACGAAACACUUACGUUUCUGUUUGUUUUUUUUUUGUUUUGUUGGAGUUUUUUCACCAUGGGACAUUACCGAUGGCAAUCGUUAGUAAUUGUGUUACUAUCCUUACUUAUCUGGCAGCUGGUGGCUUCCACACUCACCCUAGACCGGCAGGAACGUGCCGCUCUAGUGUUUCCUCGUGGAAGUUCAAUGGGUUAUCUACUUGCCAUUGCCAUACCGCUACUAGUGCCAGGACGCAACAUUUAUCUGUCGCACAAUUUCGAAGCAAACUACGGCGUACCGUCAAACGAAACGCAAUACUUUCUUUGGUAUCAGCGCUUUAAGGACAGCAAAUUUAACCUCACCAAGGCAAUCGAAACGAACCGUCGACGACGAAGGGAAAUGCAGCCCGGGUUUAGUCGCACUUAUUUCUACGAUCAGCUCGAGGAACGGAUGGAUUUGUACGGAUUUAAUGGAACCGGCUGCAUGGAGCGUCUGAUCUGCGAAGUGUCCGAACUUCCACUCCACGAACAUAAUGGAGUGUUAGGAGAUGUGUUAAGUGUGAUUUUCAGACCAUCCACAUCCAGACGCGAAGCUCUACCAAAUGCAUACUAUGAGGCAGAGUCCAAAGGACCGCUAGAGGGCUGUCAACGGUAUCGAGCAUAUUGUAGAACGGAUCUGCUUGGAUUUGUAUCAACCGUUCUGUAGAUCCACAGAUUGACCUAGUUUUUUUCUUCUUUCGCUCUCUCCUUAUAUCUUUCGCUCGCGAUCUACACUCAAACCGUUUGGUUAAUUAAAUUAGUGUUUUGGAUCACACCACAAAUUCACCGUUGUUUCUGUUUCUGUCCGAGCCCGAAAACAUUUCCCUUCUUUAGUCUUGCUUUGAGCUACAGCACAACAUGAUUAUCGUGGCACGUUCCUUUGUGAUGUUGAUCGUACUGGCGAUCGUUGUUGUACAGUCUGAUUGUGUUAAAAAUGAUCAACCACGGGACGAUGUUGUCAAGAGUCGUCAAAAGCGUAUUGUAUUCCCGGUUAAUGCAGCCAUGGGUGUACGUUUAAAUAGUUCCUUUGUGGCGGUGUGCUUAUGUAAACGAUUUACGAUACAUUGCAUUAUUUUAGAUUAUCUUUGCCCUGGCGAUCCCACUCGGCAUACCGAGUAGAAACAUCUUUAUGUCGUACAAUUUCGAAGGCAACUAUAACAAUCCAGCAGACGCAAAUAUUUUUACGGAGGGAUUUGCUAACUACGUGAGUGCUAACCAGUGGUGAAUGUUAAAGAAAACGAUUGAACUAUUUAUGUUUUUCUUCUCGUAGAUAAAAGGCAUUGUGGAACCAUUGACAGCCCCUUCAGUUCCGGUGGAGUCGUACGGUAUUAGGAAACGAAGCGCAAACGAAGUGAAAAGAUCGAUAACUACACCACAAGUUACACGAAGACAGAUUUAUAAAAUGAUUCAAAAUUACCUUCAGAGGUUUGUUCACAAAAAAAGCUAAAAGCUCACUACUUAAGUGUGGAAUGUUAGUAACGUGGAUGAUUUUUGUUCUUCCAUACUUAGCCAACACUUCUACGGAAGGAAAUGUCUAUUGCGAAUGAUCUGCGAAGCUGCGUUGCAUCCUUUUAACGAAACGAAUGGAGUUGUCGGUGAUAUGGUUCAAAUUCUCUUGAGGUUAAUUUUCCCGCUUCAGUUAAAGGAAAUACAUAUCUUUCGCAGAUCAUACUGAAAAUUGAUCUUUCUUUUCUAUUUUCAAACUCUUUCCAGUCCAUCCACGUCGAUGGAUGAAUCAUUACCGAAGGAAUAUCUAAUGGCAGAGCUGUCAGGGAGUGAUGGUUCCUGUGGAUCGUACC